AUGAGUGAAAAGAUUCCAAAGCUUGGUCAAGAUCUCAUUGCGGGUACAGUGGGAGGAUGGGCUCAAGUGAUUGUGGGCCAACCCCUCGACACGAUUAAAGUGCGUUUACAAACUCAACCUUCACCUGCCAUUUACAAGAAUGCCACCGAUUGUUUCCGUCAGCUGGUCCGACAGGAAGGAUUGAAGGGUUUAUAUCGUGGUGUUAUGCCUCCUUUGGCGGGUAUUGGAUUCUGUAAUGCAGUCAUGUUUACAUCCAAUGGAUAUUUUAGACGUUUAUUACAGCAUGAUGGAAAAGCAUUAUCAAUCGUCGAAAUUGGAUUGGCAGGAUCAAUGGCAGGCUCUGUCAUGGCAUUUCUCAAUUGCCCUAUCGAGCUUUUAAAAGUCAAGUUACAAACUCAAGAUCCCAAGGGAGUGAUAGGCCUUUCUGGAAAGCUGGAGCCACCCUUCAAAGGAGUGAUUGAUUGUGGUAUCCGUAGUGUACGUGCACAGGGAUUUAUGGGCAUAUAUCGUGGUAUGAACAUGACAUUAUUGAGAGAUGUACCCGGAUAUUUUGCAUACUUUGUCGGUUAUGAGAGUUUCAAAUUACUUUUUAAAUCCAUGAGAGAAGAUGGUGAGCUAACCACGUUUGAUUUAUUGAUGGCGGGUGGAUUAUCUGGAUUUGCUGCUUGGGUGCCAUCCUACCCUCAAGACGUAAUUAAAAGUUGUUACCAAAACGACCUUAGAUAUAAAUCGUAUGGAGAAGUGAUAAAGACACUCAUGAAGACUACAGGUCCUAAAGCUUUCUUUAACGGUAUUGCUCCUGCUAUGGCAAGAGCAUUCCCAGCAAAUGCAGCGACUUUCUUUGCCUAUGAAAUGGCCAUGAAAGCCAUGCAAUAG